AUGCGCGCAAGAGAGGAUUCGCUGGCACGCUGCCGUGUGCUGGUGCUGGGGGCCGGAGGCCUCGGCUGCGAGCUGCUGAAGAACCUGGCGCUGCUGGGGAUCCCCGAGCUGCAUGUGAUUGACAUGGAUACGGUGGAGCUCACGAAUCUGAAUCGCCAGUUCCUGUUCCGCGAGACAGAUAUCGGUCACCCGAAGGCGGCCGUCGCCGCGCGCUACAUCAAUGGUCUGGCGCUGCCCAGCGUCGUGCCCGGGCGAGGAGUGCGCGUGGAGCCGCACGUCGGUGACCUCACGCAGCAGCCCUCUGCGUUCUGGGAGGGCUUCACGGCGGUCAUAUCCGGGCUGGACGCAAUUGAGCCACGGCGCCACGCCAAUGCGCUGCUCGUGCGUCUCACGCUCAGCUCCAACUACGCUAAGUGCAUUCCGUUGAUCGACGGCGGCAGCGAGGGCUUCGCGGGCCACUGCAAGACCAUCCUGCCCGGCAUCAGCGCCUGCUACGAGUGCUCGCUGGACACGCUCGCGCCACCCGGGUUGGCGUUUCCGCUAUGCACCAUUGCAAACAAGCCGCGGCUGCCUCAGCAUAUAGUGAUGUAUGUCUUGACCGUGGAGUGGCCCACCGCGCCCUUUCAAGCGGGAUGCAGCUUCGACGAUCCGGAGGCCGUGGCGUGGCUCGCGCAGCGCUGCGCCACGCGCGCCGCGGCCUUCGGUAUGAACGCCGCGGCCUUCACCACGGCCUACGUACUCGGCGUCGCCAAGCGCAUCGUGCCCAGCGUCGCAAGCACCAAUGCCAUCGUCGCGGCCGCCUGCUGCUCGGAACUACUCAAGUUGGUGCACGACCUCACAGACCCAGAGAACAUGAACAAUUUUCUACAGUAUAAUGGGGCAGAGGGCUGUUUUGCUUAUAGCUUUACACAUCAGCGGCUACCUUCGUGCCCUGUCUGCAGCCAAGGAGAUGGCUGCUGA